UGAUGACGCUAUUUGAAGAUGGCGGCUCGCACGGGGAGGCCUGAGCACCUGGCUCCGCCUGAAGUGUUUUACAGUGAAGAUGAAGCAAGAAAAUACACACAAAACUCACGUAUGAUUGAAAUCCAGACCCAGAUGUCCGAAAGGGCUGUUGAGCUACUCCAUUUACCUGAAGAUCAGCCAUGCUUCCUGUUAGAUGUUGGGUGUGGGUCAGGACUGAGUGGGGAUUACCUCUCUGAAGAAGGACAUCACUGGGUUGGUGUGGACAUCAGUCCAGCCAUGCUUGAUGUUGCAUUGGAGAGAGAGGUGGAAGGUGAUCUCAUUCUGGGUGAUCUGGGUGCUGGCAUUCCAUUCCGGCCUGGCAUGUUUGAUGGUUGCAUCAGUAUUUCUGCCCUGCAGUGGCUUUGUAAUGCCGAUAAGAAGAAUCACAGCCCCCCAAAGCGACUGUACAAGUUCUUCAGCUCCCUGUAUGCCAGUCUGGUACGAGGCGCACGAGCUGUGUUUCAGCUCUAUCCUGAAAACUCCGAGCAAUUGGAGUUGAUCACAGCACAGGCCAUGAAGGCUGGUUUCACAGGUGGGAUGGUCGUGGAUUACCCCAACAGCAGCAAGGCAAAAAAAUUCUUCUUGUGUUUAUUUGCUGGAGUCUCUGGAAAGCUGCCAAUGGGGCUCGGAGCAGAGCAGGGAGAGGAGACGACGAGCCAGGUUCAGUUCACUAAUGCCAGGUUGAGGUUUAAAAACCUGAAGGGAAAGCCUGUAAAAAGAAGCAGAGAGUGGAUUCUGGAGAAGAAGGAGCGUCGGAGGCGUCAGGGCAGGACAGUUCGAGUUGACACAAGGUAUACUGGCAGAAAGAGGAAGCCCCGUUUCUAAGGGUGGGAAUGGCAGGGGUGUUUUGUUCUCAGCUUGGAGAACUUCAUUUGGUCAAUUCUGUGGCGCCUCUUGAUCCUGGAACCCUCAAUGUUGAACUCACAACUGCCGAUGGACUAUCUUUGAAUGAUCACCAUACCAAACCCACUACUGGUACGGAGCUCUCCGUUUACAACAACCUUCAUGGGUUUGCUGAACAGUAAAGAUUUGAAUCACAGGAGGAAGCAAUUCUGUUCAUUCUCAACUUCCUUCUCAAUAUCCAGAAUUCUGCAAGCCCAUGUUGUCUCAUUUUUGACUGCUGUCAUGUGCGUUUCUUGAAUGAUGUCCUAAUACAAAAGAAAGGGUCAGUGCCUUUGAAUCUAGUUGUUCUUAAAUGAGCUUGGCUGCUUGAGUUAAAGACAGCAGAUGAGCUACCAUUAUUCCUUAAAAAGGAUAUUUAUACAGUGACUGCAUUGAAAAGUUCAACCAGGAAGGUGAACAACUUAAUCUGAUGAUUGUGAUUUAUCUACUGAUGAAAUUUUGACAUUAUUUUACUUGUGUACUGAAAAAAAUAUAGCCCUUGAUCAGCUAGAUUUUCUUCAAUUCUGGUCAUGUCUUUCUGUUCACUUGCUCAAGAGUCCAUUCCUGCUUAAGCUGUGGAGUGCUGAGUGUUAUGUGAGAUGUGUAGUAACAAAUGAUAUGAACUAAAGCCAUGGUCCAGAUUUUGUGAAUUAAUGGUAAAGAACCCAAGAAAUAGGACUUGGUCAUUUAGUGUUCCAAAUGGGCUCUGCCAUUCAACAAGAUUGUAGUUCAUCUACCUCAACUCUACCUUCCUCAAUUCCUUUGCGUUCAAAAAUCAACUGGUGUGCGAGUAUCCGCAACCCUCUGCAAUUGAGGAUUCCCACAAUUCACUAUUCUGAGGAUUCUUUUCUGCAUAUUGAUCCUAACUAUCUGACCGUUAUUGUGAAACUCUGAAACCUAGUUUCAUGACAUCAACCCUGCUGAAUUGUUUUGUUUCAGUGAGAUCGCUUUUCUCAUUCUAUCGAACACAGGUGAUUACACUAAACUAGUGUCCCUCUCGUAAGACAAUUCCCAUUCUAAGAAUCUGCCCAGUGAAGCUUUCUUGUGCUCCUUCUCAGGCAGAUAUUUGCUACCCGAGCCAAGGAGACCCCAAAACUAUACCAAGUACUCCAAUCAUAUUCUAACCAGGGACCUACAAAAUUGCAGCAAGACCUCUUUACUCACAUUCCCAAUAGGAGGCUAGCAUAUGAUUUUUCAAAUUGCUUGCUGUGUUUAUUUGGUGAUUCAUGUACAAGGACAUCUAGUUGUCACUAAAUACAAAUGUUUUCCAAUCUUUGGCCACUGGAAAAAAGUCUAUCAAAAAAAGACAACUUUACCUUGUAUUUCAUUUGUGUUCUUGCCCACUCACAGCCUCCUCGUGGCUUACUUUCUCAUCUCGCUUUAUAUUAUAAACAAAUAAUUACAUUUCUCUGUCCCUUUGUCACUGAUACAGGUUAAAUAGCUGAGCCCAAGCAUUAAUCCUUACUGGACAUCACUUGUCACAUCUAAAACUGACCUAUUUGUUCUCUACAAGAUAAUCCUUAAUCCAUGCUAACAUCAUUCACAGUCCCAUGAGGUCUUUGUUUUUUUUUUGUUAACAGCCAUUGUAGUCCAGUAACUAACUUUCAAAAA